UUAUGUUAGGUGUUUUUGAAUUGAUUACGUUUGUUGAUUGAUUAAGCUUAAAUUUCUGCCUUGUUUUCAUGUGUAUUUAUGGAUACAAAUCUGACAUUCACUGCUUUGUUCUAACCUGCUGAGGAUUGAUAUAAAUAAAAGCCUGACUUGUAUGUACACUUCAGCUUCUCUCUCACAGAACAUAGAAGUAUCCCAGAUCCCUGAAGUGAAUGUCAUAGAGGGCAGCACAGCCAACCUACAGUGUAGCUACAACAUGAUCAACUUGGAUCUACCCAUUGGCUGGUACAAAUGGUACAGACAUGUGCUGCACGGGGCUGAUAUAUUUCGGAGUGAUGAUUUUAAGGACAGACUGACCAAAGAAAGUACAGAAGAUUUCCUGAACAAUAGAUCAGCCAGCAUACAGCUGCACAAUGUAGGACUCACAGACACCGGAAUGUAUUUCUGUGAAGUUGUGUUUUUUGGUCAGAUGCAAAUUACAGGACACGGUAAUGGAACUUUCCUCAAUGUGACUGUGACAGGGGUCACAGAAUGCUGGGGAUACCCUGUACAACAUGAACAAUGAUCAAUACAUUUAUGCUGUACCUAAAGGCCAGAAAAAAUCCCAGUUCCCCAAGGAGUGCCUUGAAGUUUCUUUGUACAGUGAGAUUCCAUAAAUGGCAAAUUACCAGCCAGGCAUUAAAACACCGGAACAUAUUUUGGACUCCUUCUCAUACAGUAUCUCACUCUUAGAUCUAAGACAUUAAAAGAAAGUGUCAGUCUAUGUGGAAGUAAUUUGAAAAUACAGGGGCUGAUUUAUCAAAGAUCAAACCGUGGGAUCCCAACAGUCUGAUCACUUUUUGAAUCAAUUGUGUGUAAUUGACAUAUUUACAUUUGUUAAAAAAAGACUGAUGUGUCCAUGUGUUCUAUUGCUUUGUGUUCUAUUGCUUUGAGCUGUCAUUGCUAUUCUACCCAUAGGGGCAGAUUUAUCAAGGGUCGAAUUUCAAAGUACAAAAAACUUCUAAAUUUGACCAUCGAAUUA